GCCACACGCGACACCACACCAUUCGCCAGUCGCCACGCGAACGCGAUUGCUCCACCGCCUCCUCGCCGUUCCCGACUCGCUUCUCCCGGACUCAGCGGGGUGAGGGGACGGGGGAGGCCCUUGUGAGAUGGCGGCGCACGCGGCGAAGAAGCGGAGGCCGGAGGAGGAGGAGGAGGCGGCGGCGGCGGAGGAGGUGCACCUGGCGUUCCGGGGCGCCGCGAACGCGCUGUCCCAGGUGUACGCGCAUGCCGUCGCGCACCAGAAGGCGUCGUUCGUCGCGGGCGAGCGCCGGGCCAUGGAAAAUGUACAUCAAUGGCUGUCCAGUCAGCUUGAAGAAGCUUCAGAGGUGCCUGUUGCUGCUAUGCUUGCAUACUUGCAGAAUGAGAUUGAGCACCGCAGAGGGGAUCCUGUAGCAUCUCCGCAGCAUCCAAGUCAACAGCAAACACAUAACAUCCCUCCUGCAAAUGUUCAAUGCAAUCCCUUCUCGUUUGGGAACAUAGCUGCUGCGCUUGACUCCCGGAUGGAUGAAACAGACCAGACAAGCAAUUCUGGCGUGCCAAAUUCUCUUCCCGACCCUUUACGGCAAAAUUUCCACUCAAAUCAUUUGAUCCAGGCUUCAGGGUAUGGUUCCAACAACUCAUGUCCCAACAGAAAUGCACCUCGGAACAACCAGUCGCCACAAAAUCAGGACUCUGUGAAUUGCAAUUUAACUGCUUCCAUGGAUAUGCAUUGUGAUGGUCCUUGAACGUGAGAACCAUAUGAAAAUUUGGAAGCAAUUUGUCUUGGUUUGUUCAAGGCAUCUGGAUCUGAUCUUCACUGGCUGAAACCUCAAAAAUCUCAAUAUUUGUUGACCCAGAACGAGAAGCCCAUCGGUUAGAGAUGGUGUGUUUGCCACCAGCUAUGUCUCCGUGUAUUGGAUUGUUGACGUUAUCUGCCCUUACUGACAGAAUGUACAUGUCACACAGAGACCCUCUUGGUAGGCAAAUAUGUUGAUUGCACAGGUUGGAACUUGAAAGCAGUAUAAUGGUUGGUUACUGCCGCCUUCGGCAUCAGUCUUUUCCUUAUGUAGCAACUAGCAAGUGCAAAGCCAUGCUCAGCACUUUGUGGUGGUGGUUUCUUCUGAACGAAUUUGCUUGCUGCAUUAUGUGUAAAAGCUGCAUUUGCAGUAGCAUUGUUUCAUUAUUUUUUUCCUACUCCAUAAAUGUGAUCAUGAAUUCUUGUAACAUCUCUUUUCAUCCAAACAUGUAUUUUUACUAAUAUUUAACCUAGAACUAGAAACUGGAAUGAGCAUUCUCGAGGACUCGAAUACAGCA